GAUCAUAGGCAUCGCCGUGACGCAGAACGAUUUAGAGCGUCCCGCAGGGUUUCCAUGGUGCAGCCCUCAGCCCCGAGUCCCUCGGCUUCCUUUCCGGCCAGAGCGCUGUGAGCAAGGCAGGCGGCGAGUCCCUCCCACGAUGUUAACGCCGCUUGGGGGAGGGGUUGGGAGCGCAGGUGGCGCUCUAGGCGAGUUCGUUCGCGUCUCUAUGGUGCCGAAUGCUCUUCGGCUCCGCGCGUCGGGACGGACGUUGCCCCUUUAAUCGGCGGAGGGUGGUGCCGACGAGGUCCCGCGAGAGCACCGGGCGGCGGGGGGCGGUGCCGAGGCUGGGGGCCCGUGGCCGAUGGAGCCUGCGAUGGAGCCGGAGACUCUGGAGGCGCGAAUCAACUUUUCCGCGGAGCGGACACCCAAGUCAUUCCCUGGAUUCCGGGAGGAAGCAAGCGAGCGGCCCCGAGAGCUGCACCUCACACCCGGGAGCGAGGGACCAGGCUCCCCUUGAGCCCCGAAUCCUCCACUCACUGGCGCUGCAUGGCGUGACUCUCUCCUAUCCCUUUCUUGAGCUUGCAACUCAGAUUUGCUCGUUCCCCCGCCCAGGAAGACAGAGCCACAAACCCCCUGAACAAGGAGCUGCACUGGGCCAGCAUCAACGGCUUCUGCGAGCAGCUCAACGAGGACUUUGAGGGGCCCCCACUUGCCACCCGGCUGUUGGCCCACAAGAUCCAAUCCCCGCAGGAGUGGGAGGCGAUCCAGGCCCUGACGGUGCUGGAAACAUGCAUGAAGAGCUGCGGCAAGAGGUUCCACGACGAGGUGGGCAAGUUCCGCUUCCUCAACGAGCUCAUCAAGGUCGUGUCUCCCAAGUACCUGGGCUCUCGGACGUCGGAGAAGGUGAAGAACAAGAUCUUGGAGCUUCUCUACAGCUGGAUGGUCGGCCUCCCUGAGGAGGUGAAGAUCGCAGAGGCCUACCAGAUGCUGAAGAAGCAGGCCCCUGAGACGGUCUCCCCACCGCCAUCCGCUGCAGGGAUUGUGAAGGCCGACCCCAAGCUUCCAGAUGAUGCCACCUUUCCCCUUCCUCCGCCACGGCCCAAGAAUGUGAUCUUUGAAGACGAGGAGAAAUCCAAGAUGCUGGCCCGCCUGCUGAAGAGCUCCCACCCCGAGGACCUCCGAGCAGCCAACAAACUCAUCAAGGAGAUGGUGCAGGAGGACCAGAAGCGAAUGGAGAAGAUCUCAAAGCGGGUGAGCGCCAUCGAGGAGGUGAACAACAACGUGAAGUUGCUGACGGAGAUGGUGAUGAACCACAGCCAGGGCGGCGCGGCUGCCCAAAGCAGUGAGGACCUCAUGAAGGAACUGUACCAGCGCUGUGAGCGCUUGCGGCCCACGCUCUUCCGACUGGCCAGCGACACGGAGGACAAUGACGAGGCCUUAGCGGAGAUCCUGCAAGCCAACGACAACCUCACCCAGGUCAUCAACCUGUACAAGCAGCUGGUGCGGGGAGAGGAGGUCAACGGCGAUGCCACAGCCGCCUGCAUCCCUGGGAGCACCUCGGCCUUGUUGGACCUCUCAGGUCUGGAUCUCCCUCCGGUGGGCACCACUGACCCAGCCACGCCCACCUGCCCUGGUGACCAGGCCAGCCUGGAGCAGCCCAGCACCUCAGUUUCCCUACUUGACGAUGAGCUCAUGUCUCUGGGCCUAAGCGACCCCACACCCCCUUCAGGCCCAGGCUUGGAUGGUGCUGGGUGGAACAGCUUCCAGUCGUCUGAUGGCACUGAGCCCCCCCACCCCACUCCGGCCCCCAGCGUGGACAGUCGGCCCCCGGCGCAGACGUCCCUGCCCACGAGCAGUGGUCUGGAUGACUUGGACCUCCUGGGGAAGACCCUCCUGCAGCAGUCGCUGCCCCCGGAGUCCCAGCAAGUGCGGUGGGAGAAGCAGCAGCCAGCGCCCCGGCUCACGCUCCGGGACCUGCAGAAUAAAAGCGGCUGCAGCUUGUCCAGCUCCGGCGCCACCAGCCUCCUCCACACCGUGUCCCCCGAGCCCCCUGGGCCCCUGCAGCAGCCCACGCCGACGGAGCUCUCGCUGGCCAACAUCACUGUGCCUCUGGAGUCCAUCAAACCCAGCAGCAUCUUGCCAGUGACCGUGUAUGACCAACAUGGCUUCCGGGUCCUCUUCCACUUCGCUCGAGACCCACUGCCCGGGCGCUCCGAUGUGCUGGUGGUGGUGGUUUCCAUGCUGAGCACUGCCCCCCAGCCCAUCCGCAACAUUGUUUUCCAGUCAGCUGUCCCCAAGGUCAUGAAGGUGAAGCUGCAGCCGCCCUCAGGCACAGAGCUGCCAGCAUUUAACCCCAUCGUCCACCCCUCAGCCAUCACCCAGGUCCUGCUCCUUGCCAACCCCCAGAAGGAGAAGGUUCGUCUCCGCUACAAGCUGCUCUUCACCAUGGGCGACCAGACCUACAACGAGAUGGGGGACGUGGACCAGUUCCCCCCACCGGAGACCUGGGGGAGCCUCUAGAACAGAGAGGGGCUGGGGAGAGGAGGGGCAACGGGACUGGCCACCACUGAGCCUGGGUUCCCACGGCCAUAUUCCCCUGGGUCUGGUGCUUCUCCCCUCCCCCCUGUGGCCCCCUCCUUCCUUGCCCUCUCCCCUGCUGAGCCAAACCCAGCAGGAGGCUAGGCCUCGGUUUGCACUGGUGGGGACCUUCAUCACAGGUGGGAGGCUGGAGCAGGGAAGUGCUGCACAUGGGCCCCGGAAGGACUUGGGGCCGUGGGGGAGAAGCAUGGCUGUCGGGCAAGGGCCAGGACCUCAGGCCCAGCCCCGACCCCAGCCUGGGGAGGGGUCAUCCCUGCCUGUCUCUUAUGCCUUAUGGGAAGGCCCAGCCAUAACUUGGGGCCGUGCUGGAGCCGGGACCAGCUCAGGCCUCCUCCAUAGGAACCGGGUGACUGGGGGGGGUGACGCCUACACCCCCAGCUCUUUGCACUCUAGGGUGUGUGGUUUGACUCUCUUAGCUUUUCUCUCUGCGUGGCCCUGUGGUCACCGUCUCAGGGGGCCCAGUGAGGGGAGCCCCACCUCUCCCCCACUCCUCCUGGGGGUCUCACUCCACUCUCCUGGCCCCUUUGCUGUCAGGCCUCCGGGGGGACUGGGGGAGAGACAGGUGGCCCCAGCUGGGGUCUCCUAGGCCCCUGGCCAAGGGAGGUCCUGCACUGGAGUUCUCAGUGUGUCUCUUUCAUCCAUUGGGCUUUGUCCAUCUGUCUGUCCAUGGGCAGAAGUGGGGUCAGUGUGUGAGUGAGAGCAGGAGUAUUUAUGGAAAUAAAACGUCCUUUUUCCUGGA